GCGCUGCCCGGCUCCGCUGCUGCCACGGGCGGUGUUGUCGUUGCAGCUGGAGAUGCCGGCCCGGCCCGGGGCCCCGCCGAGCUGCCCGGGGCUGGAUCUCCGCGCCCGGCCCGCCGCCAGCCCCGCGCCCCGUGAGUGCCGCCCGAGCGGCGCCUGCCCGGCCGCGCUUCUCCUUCAUUUCCCGGGAGCAGCUCUUCGCGCGGGUCACCGCCUGGCUGACACAGCUCUGUGAUGUGCUCCUAGCUAACUGAAGGGCAUAUGACAAACCUAUGUCACUUUUGUUAAUUUUUAUAACUCCGGAAUCAGUGAGUUCGUAAAAGAAGAAAUAAUUUUAGGUUUGGUGUCUUGGAAGUAUGGAAUCAAUCUCCAUGAUGGGGAGUCCCAAGAACCUCAAUGAAGCUUUCCUACCAAAUGUUGCCAAUGGCAUCAAGGAUGCCAGUAAGGUCACAAUAGGCAUCAUUGGAAGUGGAGACUUCGCUAAGUCAUUGACAAUCAGACUUAUCAGAUGUGGGUACCACGUGGUCGUAGGGAGCAGAAACCCUAAACAUGCUGCUGACUUCUUUCCCCACGUGGUUGAUGUCACUCACCAUGAAGAUGCAGUAACUAAAACAAACAUCAUUUUUGUAGCCAUACACAGAGAACAUUACAUCUCCUUGUGGGAUCUCAAACAUCUACUUGCUGGUAAAAUUCUGAUUGAUGUCAGCAAUAAUACAAGAGUAGACCAAUAUCCAGACUCCAAUGCAGAGUACUUGGCAUCACUUUUUCCUGAUUCCCUAAUUGUCAAAGGAUUCAAUGUCAUUUCAGCUUGGUCACUGCAGUUAGGACCAAAGGAUGCCAGCAGACAGGUCUAUAUUUGCAGUAACAACGUUCAGGCUCGCCAUCAAGUUAUUGAGCUUGCCCGUCAGCUCAGUUUCAUUCCUGUUGAUUUAGGGGCACUGUCAUCUUCAAGGGAGAUUGAAAACCUGCCUCUGCGGCUGUUCACCCUGUGGAAGGGGCCUGUAGUGAUUGCCAUUAGCCUGGCAACAUUUUUCUUCAUCUAUUCCUUUGUCAGAGAUGUCAUCCAUCCCUACAUGAGAAAUCAGCAGAGUGACUUUUACAAGAUUCCCAUUGAGAUUGUGAACAAGACUCUGCCAAUUGUUGCUAUCACUUUGCUUUCUCUAGUGUAUUUAUCAGGACUUAUUGCAGCUGCCUAUCAGCUUUACCACGGCACCAAGUAUCGGCGGUUUCCUCCUUGGCUGGACAGCUGGCUCCAGUGUCGGAAGCAGCUUGGGCUGCUCAGUUUUUUCUUUGCAGCAGUGCACGUGGUGUACAGCCUCUGCUUGCCUAUGAGGAGAUCAGAGCGCUACUUGUUCCUCAACAUGGCCUAUCAACAGGUUCAUGCAAAUGUUGAAAAUUCUUGGAAUGAGGAAGAAGUGUGGCGAAUUGAAAUGUAUAUCUCAUUUGGAAUAAUGAGUCUUGGAUUGCUUUCUUUGCUGGCAGUAACUUCCAUCCCUUCAGUAAACAGUGCCUUAAACUGGAGGGAGUUCAGUUUUAUUCAGUCUACACUUGGAUACAUUGCUCUGCUCAUAAGUACUUUCCAUGUACUGAUUUAUGGAUGGAAGAGAGCUUUUGAAGGAGAGUAUUACAGAUUUUAUACACCACCAAAUUUUGUUCUUGCCCUUGUUCUGCCUUCCAUUGUAAUCCUAGGUAAGAUCGUGUUACUUUUGCCAUGUGUGAGUAGGAAACUGAGGAGAAUUCGAAGAGGAUGGGAGAAAAGCCAUGUUAUUGAAGAAGUAACUGGGUCUGUUCCACAUCUCUCCCCAGAAAGGAUAACUGUAAUGUGAUGAUAUUUGUUAACACUGUUGUACAUGUUUGGACUUUGGUUUUUUGUCAUAAAUGUGCAUUUUUAGGAGUUUAGUUAAGUAGGAGCCUAUGUAAAGUCUCUUGCUUGACAUGUAUUACAAGCUCUUACCAAAACUAUGAAAAGUUUAUAACUAGAAGACUACUGAUUCUGAUAACUACAAAAAUAUUUUUGUUUUGGAUUACAAAGGGCAAAUGAUUAUGAAAUUAAAAAAUUUUAAUGUUCCUUUGCACAGUUAUGUCACAGCAGUAUUUUAUUAGAAACAGGCUUUACAGAUUUUUUUGACUGAGAGCGUGUGUGUCAGAGUGUUUAUUAAUAUGACACUUUAUGGGCAGUGUUUCUUCUAUUAAAACCACAUUUCUGGGUUAAUGAGUUCAGAAUGUAAAGUAAAUUCUUCAGGAAAUAACCAGAGUUUGAAACAAAUUCAUUUGUAAUGAUCACAGAAUCACAGAAUGGUUUGAUUUGGAAGGGACCUUAAAAACAAGUUAAGUUCCAAUGCCCCUCUCAUGGGCCUUGACAUCUUUCAGUAGAUCAAGUUGCUCAAAGCCCCAUCCAGCCUGGCCUUGAACGCUUUCAGGUAAGGGGCAUCCACAGCUUCUCUGGGCAACCUGUUCCAGGGCCUCACCACCCUCACAAUAAAGACUUUCCUCCUAAUACCCAAUCUAAGACUACUUUUUUUUUCAGUUUGAAGCCAUUCCCCUCAUCCUGUCACUACAUGCUCUUGUAAAAAGUCCCUCUCCAUCUUUCAUGAAAGUUUUCUUCAAGUACUGGAAAGCUGCAAUUAGAUCACUCCUAAGCCAUCCCUUCCAGGCUGCACAAACCCAAAUCUCUCCACCUUUCCUCACAGGAGAGGUUCCCCACCCUCUGACCAUCUCAGUGUCCCUGCUCUGGACUCACUCCAUGCCCUUUAUGCCCUUCCAGAGCUGGUACCCAGAGCUGGGUGCUGUGUUCCAGGUGGGGUCUCUCUCACCAGAGCACAGCAGAGGGACAAAACCUCCCUGCCCUGCUGCCCACGCUGCUUCUGGUGCAGCCCAGGGCACGUUUGUGUCUCUGGGCUGUGAGUGCCCAUGGCUGGGUCAUGUCCAGCCUCUCACCCACCAGCACCCCCAGCUCCUUCUGGGCAGGGCUGCUCCACAUCCAUCCAUCCCCCAGGUGCAGCACCUUGCACUUGGUUAAGUGUAUUAUUGCACAUGUACAAUAGAUUUUUUUGUGUGUGGUUUUACACCAUUCCAUGAUUUGAAUAUGCAAACCCAGUUUCAAUUAUUUUACAUAUUGUAAGCAAAGGAUAUUAAACUAAUACUGUCUUGGUUUUUUUCCAAAGUAUUUUGUAGGAUUUUAGACCGUUGACAUCUCUUUAUUUCCACACAUCAUAUAAUGAAGAUUCAAAACUAUACUAUACAUUUAUAGAAAGAUAUGUGUGUAACCUAGUUUUUGAUUUUUCAAUGAUUUUAAAAUAUGAGGAAAUAUUUUAAAACAAAAAGAAAAGCUGAGAAUUCAGCCACAAUAAAAAAUCCAUUUUCACUGUGAAACUUCCAAUAUAUUGGAAGCAUCACAAUACUCAUGUUCUGUAUGUAUCUCCACUGGAGCUUCAGUUAUUAUAGAUGAACUACCCAGAAUGUGUCUUAAAUUCUUAGUAUCUUUUUGUGCAAAUCCAAUCUUCUAUUUUUAUAUAAAGGUCUAACUUUUACAAGUGUCUCUGGGAUAUGCCUGAAGUUUUGAGAAACCAAAUUAUUUUUCUUAUCUUAAAAAUCUCUAAACCUUGACAUUUGCAUUUCCUGUUGGAUUCUAAAUAAAGUUCACAAUUAUGUAUUACUACAGCUGUAUCAGUAGUAAUUACUCUUCUCUAACAGAACCAAACUCAAUUCAUACCUUUAGGCUGCUACUGCUUAAUUAGCAAAACUUCUUUUUCAGUGAAUCAGAUUGUGUAUUUUGUCCUAAUUUUCUUGUAUUAAAUUAUAUUUUUCUUAUCUAUAUUUGCACUGUUUAAAAAUCUCUGAUUUUCUUAGCUGAACCUUCACUUAUUAUUUGUUGCUUUGUAAGAAUUUGUCCAAUGAUGCAUCAGAAAUAUACAGAAUUAAGCUUGAAUUUAUCCUUAAACAUCACUGGUCCUGUAAAUCUCAUUAUCUCUGCUUGUAAUGAAACAAACAGCUUCACAGAAAAAGAAAAUUCUAGAAUCAAACUCUGCCCCCAGUUAUGCCAACCUAAGCCUAAAGAAUUCAUGUUAGUUGUUCUUAAUUUCAAAUUCAAAAUAUCUGCAAUAUAUUUUUUUUUUAUUCUAGUAUCCAGAUUCUCCAAACUUACACAUCAAGUCUGGGUUUGUUACAAAAGGAGAAACAGUUGAGCUUCCUUUCAUUUUAAGCAUGUUCAAAUCUAGAGAUGAAAAAUAAAAUACUUGCAUGAUGUUUUUUUCAGAAUUAAAGCAUUUUUAUGUUUUUAGACAUGUUUUGUAUUGAAUGAGAGGCCAAUGGAUGCUUCUUGAAAAUGGAGGUUUGUGAAUACAUUUUUUGAAAAAAUAACUGUUACAUGUGUCAACAGAUAUUUGAUACUUUUUUUUAGUUCACAAAUUUUCAAUUUCAAGUAGUUGGAAAGCUCAGAUUUAUCCUCUUUUUAAGCCUUGGUGAUGGAGUCAAUUGGAAGGAAAAUGAUUUUAUUUCACCAUUUUUGCAAAAAUAAGUUAUAAUAACGACUAUAAUUGGUCAGGCUAAUGUCUUUGAGACUUAUCUCCAAUAGCUGACAAGUGGCACAUGUUUCCAAAAAGAAAGCAGGUGUCCAGUGAUUUUUUUGCUAACAUAACUUCUCAGCCUCUUGGAAAUCAAUAACUUUGGAUUUAUUUGAGACAGGUGCUGCAUCUGGAUUACUGUAUUUAGUAGCUACAUUCUCCAAAAAUUUAUCAAGCAUUUUAGAAAUUUGAAGUAACAAUUACAACUUCUAACUUAACUUUGUCUGUAAUUGCAUUCCAAAAGGUGUCUAUUUCUUAAAAGGCUUGCAGAAUUGAAUGUCCUGGACUGUUUCCUAUUUCAUUAUUGCAGAGCAAAACCCACACACGGUUGAAGCAUUGUGCUUCAUUCCUUUAAAGAAAAUGAACUUUAAAAUCUUAGCACACAUCAAAUCUUGGAAAGUUUUAAUGGGAUAAAUACUACUCUACGUUCUACCCUAGUCUUGCACAUGAAACCUAAGUAAAAUCACUAGAAUUGGCUGGUAUAACUGGGAGUAGAAUUUCAUAUCUCUGAACAAAUUUAGGCAGAAAGUACUACUGUUGACAAUCUGACUACAUUUGAAAAUUGAAUAUGCUGCUAUUAUUUUACAGUAAUUUCACAUUUCUGUAGAAUAUGUAAUUAACAUUCAUGUUCCCUACAAUUAUUUAAUUAUUUUUAUGCAAUUGUGAUAAUAUUGCAGAACUAUGAUAUUGUACUAACUGAAUAUUACUGUCAAAGUCUAUAGAUAUUGUACUGUAAUGCAUCCACUGACAGUAUAUACAGAAAUGUGUUGGCCCUCUUUCCUAUGCAAAAAGUUACUUCAUCAUUAAAUUUCUUCAACAGUGAUUAAACUGCUCAAUUUUAAACUGCCAAAGAUGUCUGGAGAGAAUAGUGAUGAGUCAUUCCUAUUUUCAAACUGUGUAGAAAAUUAAAAAUUUAUUUUAAUUUUAUAUGUUAUUUGAAAGGUUGAAAUGUUGAAGUAUUAAUAAAUAGACAAUAUUUUUAGAUCAACUAUAUGAAGGCAUUUUGUGAAAUAUUUGUGCUACAAAAAUGGCAUCGUUUCCUGUUAGGCCAUGUAUUUACUUCUAACUGGAAUAGCAUGUUUACUUGUGAUUCAAUAUUUUGUAGUGUUCUUUAAGGACCAGUUCACUCUAACAAGACACUGUUAAGCCUGAAGGUAAAUGAUGCUCAUGCAUUUAGCACACUUUAUAUCCAGCAUAUGUUUAGUCCCACAAGGGAUCUUUAUUCAUCUGACCAAACACAUUGAUUUCUAUAGAACUCACCAUAGGACUUCUCAUUGGAAAAAUACCUGAGGCUAAUUGUUUCGUUUAGAUUGCCUAAAUAUAAACAACUAAAUUAAUUUAGACAUCUUAGUUACUUAGGAGAAUAAAUACAUAUUUUAAGGAGCAGCUUGCUAUAAAAUUAUUUUUGUGUAGUUUUAUAUAAAUUACUUAACUGCCUAAUGAAAAUAAGUAAUUAAAUAAGCCUAAUUUCUCUUAAUUAUUGUACAGUUAAAAAAAUAGUGCUUAAUAUGUGAUACAGAAUUGUACAUGUAUUAUAAAAUGGAGAUUUCUAUUUAUUUAGCAACAGGUUAUUUGUUUUCCAUGGAUAUUAAGCUAUUCUUUCCUAACAUUGUCUAAAUGAGUUUUAUUACAGAUUCCAUGUGUCUUUAAUUUUCUCUUACAGUUCUAUUAACUGUGGCAACUGUGUACAAGUUAAUUAAGUGCACAUGUUCUUGAAUUAUUUAGCAUUUUUGAGUUAUUUCGAGAUUAAUUAUUUUGUAAUUGUUUUGCAAGUUCUUCAGCUUGUGGUAAUGGUUACUGUGAAUUGGUGCCACAUUUAAUUUUUUUCUUCCAAUAUUGUGAAUUAUAUGAUGUGCCAACAUAAGAAAGUACAUUCAUAUUUUUAUUUGGCAUUAAUUGCCUAUAAAAUAGUGUGUCUCGAUAUUUGUGUCUGUAUGGUAUUAGGUGCCCAACUAGCAUUAAAGGAAAUAGUUAAUUAAUAUAAGGCAAUGAGUUCCCAAGUGGCAAUAAAUUUCACAGGUAUGAAUAUAAUUAGGAAACAGCUUUCCUCUGAAAGUUAGAUAUAUCAGGUGCAUAAAAAUUAGAUGGAUUCAGUUUUUCAGUGUAAUAUUUUCACAUAUGCAGUGGUAAUGAAUACUAUGCAUAGGUCCUUGUAGACAGUGCAUCUCCUAAUACACAAGGUUUUGAUUUCUUGGCUGUUCAUCCUGUAGUAUUUUCUAUCAAUGUAAUGAAUAUGUUGCAGUACUGAUAUUGUAUCACCAUAUGAUACUGCUUGAAUUCAUUAGAUUAAAUUCAUUAGAUUACAGCCUUUAAAAUAAGUAACACGUUUAACUGACUUGAACAAUGAUCUCUGUCAUUAUAUAUUAUUUCUCAUGCCUUGUUGGCAGUGUCUUACAGUGAGCAUAAUAUGUCUCCCAUGUGUAAUAUUCUCUUUGUAGUUGUGUUUGUCAGACUGUUUGUGCUGUCUCUCUGAACAGGGCUAUUAUAAAUUAUUAGUAAUGAUCUUAUCUAUUUUUCCAUACACUGUGUUUUACACAAAAAAUCAAUAAAAAUUCAGUGUAAGGUAUUUUGCUUUUUCUUCUGUGCUUAUGCAGAAAAAAAUUUAGCUUGUGUUUCUUUCAAAUAUAUGGGUACUCUGAUCAGCAUUUUCUCUGAGUGAUAAAUGUGAAUGUGAGUUCAUGGAAGUAUUCUAAGGGCAAUUUAUUUCUUUUUCAAUGUCUGGAUAACAGCUUUUUCACACAGACACACCGGAUAGCUAUAUCCCUUAUCCUGCUCUAAGGCAUUCUCCAUGGUUUCAGAACACAAGUGAACACUACAGUACUAUCAGCAUAUAUUCAGUCCACUUUUCAUUCAACAAGAAGUUUGGCCAUGAUGAGAUUGCUAGGCACCAGUAUGUUUGCCAAGUGUCCUGCCAUGUGUAUGAAAUAGAAUUACUGUUAUUAAAAAAAAAAUAAACAAAACAAAAAAAAACA